GUUUGUUUUGUGAAAAACAACAAUGACGGAGCUCAAAAGGUUGAAAAUUAUGCGCGGCCAGGUCAAGGCGACCAUGACUCGCAUCGAGCAGUUUGUCAACGACCCUAAUAGUUUAAGUUCCGCGUCACUGGAUACCUUGGAGGCUCGAAAGGAAAAGCUAGCCUCUUCCCUGAAAGAUUACGAGACAAUCCAACUUGAUAUAUUGAGCCUCGAUGACAAAGACGCAGAGGAUGCAGGUGAUUUUGAGGACCGUUAUUUUAGCACAAUAGCUAAAAUCAAUGAGACCCUCAGGUCUCUACGAGGGUCAGAUACGAUUCAAGCUGCUGGAGUCUCUUCUUCGAAGUUACCCCAUGUUGACAUACCAGUGUACAACGGAAGCCUCUGUUGAGGACCGCUUGGCCUUUGUUCAGGAGAAGAAAAUGUGUGCAGUUUGUAUUAACUCUCAUUCAGAUAAACCUUGUAAGUACAACUUUAAAUGUAAAUUAUGUAAAGGUCAACAUAACACCCUUUUGCAUACUGAGGAUGCUGCAGAUGCCGAGCAACCAGCGGCAGUAUCUAUUGUUUUGACAUGUGUCAAGAAAGCAUCUUAUAAAAAAGUAUUACCUACAGUUAAAGUUAAAAUAGUUGAUAAAUUUGGCCGUGAUGUUUACUGCCGUGCAUUGCUUGACACCGCCUCAAGUGAAUCGUUUGCCACAACUUCUCUUGUAGAAAGGCUAGGUUUUGCCACUGUGGCAGAAUGUGAAAAUAUAAUUGGUGUUAAUAAACAGACCAGCCUUAUGGAUAGGUCAGUAAUUAUUCCUGUGGAGUCUUGUCAAUAUGUAGGUGUUAAGUUUGAGGUUGACUGUCAUGUAGUUGAAGAUGUAACGGCACAU